AUGUGCAUCGGAUUUUGCACCGGCUGCUGCGGUGCUUUUGCCGGUACCGCCUUGGGUCACUGCCUCUGCUCUUGCUGCUCCUUCGGCCCGUCGCGCGUCGCGGCGAAGUUCUUAUAUGGAGGGAUGUUCCUGGCCUCCGUUGUUGUUGCGUGGGUUCUUAGAGACUACGCCACCGAUGCACUCUACAAUCUCUACAGCUUCCAGUCGUGCGGGCCGAACAACCCUGGGUGUGUGGGCGCGCUGGCAGUGCUGCGAGUGAGCUUCGGCCUGUGCCUCUUCUUCGCGCUCAUGCUCGCCACCACAGCCGGUGCCAAGCUCGAGGACAGCUGUCGUGACCUCUGGCACUCCGGCUGGUGGCCUCCCAAGCUCAUCCUCUGGCUGCUGCUGCUCUUCCUCCCCUUCCUCCUCCCCUACCAGGUGUUUCAGGUGUAUGGCGAGGUGGCGAUAGCGGGAGCAGCAGUGUUUCUGGUGAUUCAGCUCGUGAGCAUUAUCAAUUUCAUCUACGUCUGGAAUGACUCUUGGCUCAACAACGAUAAGAUGCACAAAUGGAUGGCGGUGGUAUCAAUCGUGUGCUACCUGCUCUUCCUCACAGGCAUCAUCCUCAUGUAUAUCUACUUCGCGCCCUCCUCCUCCUGCUCGCUCAACAUCUUCUUCAUCACCUUCCUCCUCGUGCUUGUGGUGGCUCUAACUGCCAUCUCCGUGCAUCCCAAGGUGGACGCAGGCCCUCUCACCACAGGCGUCAUGGCGGUGUAUUUCGUCUUCCUCUGCUGGUCGGCGAUCAUGAGUGAGCCGCCGGCUGAGGCGUGCAACACUCGCCCUCGCCAGACCGGAUACGGCGGGUGGCUUGAUAUUCUG